AUGACCAUCCAACCUGUGGAAGCUCCCAAACCCGUCAUCAUCAUUGGUGGUGGCCCCGUCGGCCUCGCCGCGACUCUCGAACUCGCCCGCUUCAACGUCCCGACCAUCCUGAUCGAACAGCACAAGGGCGUCGCUUGGCACCCCAAGACCCGCAACUUCAACACGCGCACCAUGGAGAUUGCCACGCACUGGGGUGACGACGUCUAUCAACGUCUCCGCGGUAUCGACAGCGCCUGGAAGAGCCCUAUCCGCUUCUUCGACCAGGUCACCAAGAACGAGAUUGGUCAGAUCCACUCUGGCGGUUUCGAAGGUCCCGGCCCGGAUGUUUCGCCCUGCAAGCCCGUCAUGUCGAGCCAAGACUUGCUUGAGAUGAUCAUUCUCGACAAGGCCAUCUCGACUGGUCUCGUGGACGUUCGUUUCAACCAGCGUUCUCUCGGCUUGAUCAAGGGCUCGGAAGAGGACGCGACUGGUGUCGUUAUCGAGGUCGAAGACAAGGACACUGGCAAAACGUACGAGCUCGAGGGAUCGGCUCUCGUCGCUGCCGACGGUUACAGCAGCCCUAUCCGCGAGCAGCUGCAGAUCAAGCGCUCUGGCCAGCAGGACAUCCACCACUUUAUCAACACCUACUUCCAUGCCGACAUCGAGUCCCACAUCCAGGACCGUACUGGUGUCCUCCUCUUCGUUGGCAACGAAAACGUCAGCGGCGUUCUUCAGCCUCUCGACACUCAUGGUCGCUGGCUCUGCCAGAUGAUGAUGAAGGAGGAGCAGUGGAAGAAGGAGCUCUGGCCCCCUGAGAAGUGCGCCUGGUGGGUCCGCGAGGCGACCGCCAUCCCCGACCUCGAGGUCGAUGUCAAGAGUGUGGGCAUGUGGGCGAUGAACGCCACGACGGCCGACACCUUUGUUCAAGGACGCGUGGUUUUGAUCGGCGACGCAGCCCACCAAUUCCCACCCACGGGUGGUCUUGGAGUCAACACUGGUCUGCAGGGCAUGCACAACCUCAUUGGAAGUUGGCCUACGCUGUCAACGGACACUGCGGGUCAAGAACGUUUCCGGACGCUCACGUCGAGCUACUAUCGUGGAGCCCAAGGUGUUGUCCUCGCUCAUCAGUGGUUCCGCGAGAUUGACACGUACUGCUCCGAGGACGUUGUCAAGAUUAUUGUCGGCAACAAGGUUGACAAGGAGUUCUCCAGACAAGUGACCUCCGAGGAAGGCCAGGCCUUCGCCGACCGCAUGGGCACGCUUUUUGUCGAGUGCUCUGCCAAGACAAACGUCCACGUUACAGACGCCUUCCAGGAGCUCGUCCGACGCAUCCUCGCCACCCCAUCCCUCUGGACACGCGGUCCGCAGCCCGUCCGCAACCCCCAGUCGGUCAUUGCGCUGGGCGACGACUCGGCGAGCGGCUACGGCGGCCCUCCAACGUACCCCACAAGCAAUCUAGACGUCGACGUCGGCGUCGACCUCGAUCUAGAAGUUUGGUUGCCAAGUCAAGUAACGCAGCGCUUGGCCCUAGACGGACCCGAUAAACUCUCCGGCAACGUGUGCGUGUCCCGUUCACCAAGAGAACACCUUGCAUGUCCGAACUACCCUGUUCCCGAAGGCAAGUGUGUUGUGUACGACAAGAUUGCGCCGCAUGGUCCCGAGAUCCAGAAGAUCUGCGUACAGGAGCCACCGAACCCCUUCCUGCCGCCCAGUAAGACCGACACCGCCGGACAUCCUCCUCGCCCCCAUCAAAACCCGGAUACGAAUAAAGUGGCGCGAUGUGGUGCUUACGGAUCAUGGGCAUUGAGCCACAAGGUUGGUGACCGUCGGCGAUCAAUUGACCGACCCGGCUUUGUUCUGUGCCCGCCGGCGGCUUUCAACGAAGGGUAA